CCCGCCCCUGUCCCACUCCUCUGUCACUUCCUGAUUCCCGCUUCCUGCUUCCCAGAGGUCGGGAUCCGGAGCCGCCCGAGGUCGCCGCCGCAGUCCCCGGCGCCCCUGGCGAGCGGUGAGCGGUGAGCGGGAUCUUUGGAAGUUGAGUCCCUGGUGCUCCGAGGCCACUUUGAGGAUCAGGCAGCAUCCUCGCGAUCCCUGUUCUGCCAGGGUCCCUAGGCCGGACUUCCUGAAGCUCUUUGCACAUUCCCUGGGACUCAGCUGCGGCCUAGGCCAGAGCUGAUCCAGAUGUCUCUGCCCUGCAGACAUGUCCUUUCGAAAGGUGGUUCGACAGAGCAAAUUCCGGCAUGUGUUCGGACAGCCGGUCAAGAAUGAUCAGUGCUAUGAGGACAUUCGAGUGUCCCGGGUUACCUGGGACAGUACCUUCUGCGCAGUCAACCCCAAGUUCCUGGCAGUGAUUGUGGAAGCCAGUGGCGGGGGUGCCUUUAUGGUGCUCCCUUUAAGCAAGACAGGCCGCAUUGACAAGGCCUACCCAACAGUGUGUGGGCACACGGGACCUGUUCUGGACAUUGACUGGUGUCCCCACAAUGAUGAAGUCAUUGCCAGUGGCUCAGAGGACUGCACAGUCAUGGUAUGGCAGAUUCCAGAGAAUGGGCUGACCUCUCCACUGACUGAGCCAGUAGUGGUGCUUGAGGGGCAUACCAAGCGUGUGGGCAUCGUCACCUGGCACCCCACAGCCCGAAAUGUGCUUCUCAGUGCAGGUUGUGACAAUGUGGUGCUUAUCUGGAAUGUGGGCACUGCAGAGGAGCUAUACCGCCUGGACACUUUGCACCCUGACCUCAUCUACAAUGUGAGCUGGAACCACAAUGGCAGCCUCUUCUGCUCAGCUUGCAAGGACAAGAGUGUCCGAAUCAUCGAUCCCAGGAGGGGCACCCUGGUGGCAGAGCGGGAGAAGGCUCAUGAGGGGGCCCGGCCCAUGCGGGCCAUCUUUCUGGCCGAUGGCAAGGUGUUUACCACUGGUUUCAGCCGCAUGAGUGAACGACAACUGGCAUUGUGGGACCCAGAAAACCUUGAUGAGCCCAUGGCCCUACAGGAAUUGGAUUCAAGCAAUGGGGCCCUGCUGCCCUUCUAUGACCCAGACACCAGCGUGGUCUAUGUCUGUGGCAAGGGUGACUCCAGCAUCCGGUACUUUGAAAUCACAGAUGAGGCUCCCUACAUCCACUUCCUGAAUACAUUCACCAGCAAAGAACCCCAAAGGGGUAUGGGUAGCAUGCCUAAGAGGGGCUUGGAGGUCAGCAAGUGUGAAAUUGCCCGGUUCUACAAACUCCAUGAACGCAAGUGUGAACCCAUAGUCAUGACCGUGCCAAGAAAGUCCGACCUCUUCCAGGAUGAUCUUUAUCCUGAUACAGCUGGACCUGAGGCUGCUCUUGAGGCAGAGGAUUGGGUGAGCGGGCAGGAUGCUGAUCCGAUCCUGAUCUCACUACGGGAAGCAUAUAUGCCCAGUAAACAACGGGAUCUGAAGGUCAGCCGGCGAAAUGUGCUAUCGGACAGUCGGCCUGCCAGUUCCAGCCGCCCUGGAGCCUCCACAGCUACCACAAUUUCUGAUGUUUUCAGUGGCACCUUUGCUGGGGCUGGUGAAUCUGGGAAACUACAAGAGGUGAUGCAAGAGCUCCGGGCACUUCGAGUGCUGGUCAAGGAACAGGGGGACCGUAUUAGCCGCCUAGAGGAACAGCUGGGCCGCAUGGAGAAUGGCGAUUCAUAGGACCACCAGGGACCUGCACCCAACACUGCCUCCUCCUCUCCUCCACCCCUUCUCACCUAGCUUCUGUGGCCAGGUCACACCAGGCAGUUUAGGCAGUUUGCUGCUUAGUGCCUCUGGGGCAGAUCAUGACCAGUUUACACCUCUCCACAACCUGGGACCCAGGUUGGAAGCACCACCUGGCUUUUGGAAGAUUUUUUUGUACCAAGGCAAACUCCCAAGUUCUUUAAGGGACCAUCUUCUCGACCUGCCCAGCCCACUCUCCCCUCCCCCGAGAAAGCAGCAGAGACAGUUCUAUAUUUUCAUUCUAAAUAAAAUGCUCUUUCUAAAGCCA